AUGAGGAGCAGCUGCCCCAAAAAUAAGAGGGUGGCUCAGCUGCCGCGCGAAAACGCGGACAACGCAGCGGAGCAGGCGGCAAGUUACGCCGGAAUUUUGUCGGGCCAGAGCCCGCGCGCCAACGACGAGCCUGCCGUAGCGGAAGCAGCGGCGCCUGCCGCGCCAGCCGAGGCCGCCCAGCCGGCAACACCGGCCCCAGCGGCGGCCGCCGCGGUCAGCGCAGGGGAGAAGCGGCACCUGAGCUCCGACUCGGACAACGAGACCACAAUGGAGGCCGAGCCGGCGGCCGCCCCCUCCCCCGCCGCCCGGCGGGUGAAGGUCACGCGCGCCGCCGCGCCCGCCCAGCCGUCAGCUGAGGCUGUCAUUCACGGCAGCCAGCUGGCCGGGCCCAGCGCAGAGUCCACGCCCACCUCGUACACCGAGGCGCGCGAGAUCGCCAUCAAGAAGCAGGUGACCAAACUCGCCCGCAUCUUGAAGGAGUCCGACGACGAACCGAAGGAGUGUAACGAGCAGCCGCAACCGGCGUCCAAAGCCAAAAGGCGGCGCAACAGGCGGCGAAGCCGCAGCAGCAGCUCAAACGACGAGAGGAUGGAGACCUCCGACGGGGAAGCGUCGGACAUCUCGCCCGAAAACGCGCGAAAACAAACCACCGAACCGGAGGACCUAGUCCUACGGCCGGACCGCCCACAGCAAGUUCAACCCCCGCCUCCACAUAGCGCUUAA